GUCUUGAACGUCAAAUCUGUCGAGCGAACCCUUUCAGCACAAAGAUAAUAUGGUCGCGUUUAUUGGCAAAUCUCACCCAAAGUAAUAGUUCAGUCGAGCUUGCCGUCAAAAGCCGCGCAUUACCAGGUGCCCCAACAAAAUCGCCUCUCGGAACAAGCGCCAACCUGCUUAAUACACCGGGUUUCCCUCGCGACAGGACCAAGCAGUCGCUCAUGGGGCUUUCCCUCGCUGCGUAAACAACGAUCUGGAUACAAGAGCUACGUUUUAGGGCCUAACACCUGUCAUGGCCGAUCUGACGUUGACGUUCGGGUCGAGCUUCGGGCCCGGACCGCCGGCGAAGAGAAAGAGGCUCGAAUUCUCCGGCGACACGCAGACACCAUCGACUAUUGUCGAUAGACGCUGUACUGUCUCGCAAGCUUUGAGAUUAGACUGCGACUUCAUCACAGUAGCAGUCGGCCAAGACGAGCUCAAAGUCAGCUUCAAAGUGCACGAGCACGCCAUCUGCGACCGUUCCGAGUUUUUCCGCAAUAGCAUGAAGCCCGAAUGGUCCUCGAUGCGCGCCGAUCCCCGCGUGAUUGAAUUACCGGAGGACGACCCGGACGCCUUCUCGCUGUAUCGCACAUGGGUCUACAGCGGCAAACUUGCCAUCCUACCCGACAAAGACUGCGAUCUCAACUCCACGACGGAGCGCUACCACACGCUGGCGUAUGCGUACGUGCUCGGGGAACGCCUCUUGGAUACGGAUUUCAAGAACGCGAUUGCCGAUGCGUAUGUGCUGUACGCGCGGGGGAUUCCGCCAUCGAGACGGUACUACCCGAGUAACGAGGAGAUUCGGAUUAUUUAUGAGGGAACGAGGGAGGAGAGCCCGAUUCGCCAGCUGCUGGUGGAUAUUUGGUAUUGCAGGGGCAAGGCGGAGUGGCUCGAGAAGGAUGCGGAUUUGCCGAGGGAGUUUUUGACUAAUGUGGUGAGGGAGUUGCUCAGAGUGAGGGUGAGUGUGGAGAAUUUGAGUCGGCCGUGGAAGAAUAGUCAUGAGCAGUAUCAUGAGAAAUGAGGAGGGUUAUGGAAAGUAUGGGGCACAGGGUGGGGCAGGAGCAGCGUAGAAACAAUGCCGGACCCGAAGGCGUAAUGAAGUGGCGGAGGAUGUGGAAAAGAGAAGUCUCGGCCGGGACGGGAGCCGAAAACCUGGAUACAGUCGGAUAUUAUAGGAUGGACACGAGCACUUGGUGAUUGGGCCAAGGCACGCUAGGGACGUGUAUGGAUAGACGAAGGCGUGGAUGAGGAGAGCGGUACGAUAGUUCAGGCAAGCCCCUUUCCCAUUCCCUUCACCGCUCACGUUCACGGUAUGAAUUUCUCGCUGCUUCCUUUGUCAGACUUCACCGGCCGAAUGUCUUACAUAAAACCGUUGCGGGGGAGCUUCCCGCACCAAACCUUCGGCGCUUGACAAGUUUGGAGGUUAUUACGUCGCAGUAUUCCAAUCCACGAGGUCCUACUCUGCAACACGUCACCGUUCUUCACAGCGUG